UUCAGUUCAACAACAUUUUGCACGUUCACAAACACAAACCAGAAGAAUCAAGAUUCAGAUAACAAGAGCAAGAAAAAGAAAGGAAAAACAAACAAGAUCAAGGAAUCAUGAUGAGAAGAGAUAGAGAUGUAGAAGCUGAGCUGAAUCUACCACCAGGGUUCCGAUUUCAUCCUACUGACGAAGAACUUGUGGUUCAUUACCUAUGUAGGAAAAUCAGUUACCAACGUUUACCAGUUCCGAUUAUUGGCGAGGUUGAUCUCUACAAAUACGAUCCAUGGCAACUUCCAGAGAAGGCCUUGUUCGGAACAAAGGAAUGGUAUUUCUUUAGUCCAAGAGAUAGAAAGUACCCGAAUGGGUCAAGGCCAAAUAGGGCAGCUAGAAGUGGAUACUGGAAAGCAACUGGUGCUGAUAAACCAAUCAGGCCUAAAGGAAGUGAAAAGAAUGUGGGAAUUAAAAAGGCACUGGUUUUCUACUCUGGAAAGGCACCAAAAGGAGUUAAAACUAAUUGGAUCAUGCAUGAAUAUCGGUUAGCUGAACCAAAGCGAACAUCCAACAAGAACAGCAGUUUAAGACUGGAAGGCUGGGUUCUUUGCCGUCUUUACAACAAGAAGAACAACUGGGAAAUAACUGAGAACCGAAAAGAAGAGCAAUCUGUUGAAGAAACAAUGGAUUCGUCUAUGGUCGCUGAAGAAGACACGGGUUCAGACAGUAUUAGAACCAUAGAAUCAGAUGUUGAAAAUGAUCUACCUACUGAGCUUAUUUAUCAUACUGCGUCCCAAAGUAAUAAACCUCAAACAGUAGAAUUUAAACAAGAAAGAUUGGUAAAAGAGGAAGACAAUAGUAACUGGUUCACAGACUUGAACCUAGAUGACCUAAAGAAUUCUUUCACAAUGUUCGGAGAACAACCUACAAUGGAUCUAUCAUUCCAAGAUUACUACUUUGCUGGUCUCAAUUCUCCACAUUUAAAUCCUUACCAAACCAACCUGUUACCAUUUUAAAUUCUUCUUGAAGUUGCUGAUCUGUGUACAGAGUUGGAGGAUAUGUAUAUAAACAGCAUUAGGAAAUAAGUAGUACUAGAAUCCGUCACUUUCUAAAUAAUUAGUCAUUUUUCCCCAUCAUGCAAAAGGGGUAGUAUUGAAGGUUGUAAGCUUACUUAUACAUUGGCAAUUGCUGCAGUGCUUGUGCGUAAAAUUAAUUUAUUUCAAGAUAAUCGCAUUGUUACUAUUAAUGAAUUUA